AUGCCACAGAGGACUUUCAUCAGUGCAGAGAAGCUGCCAGACCAUAAACCUAUGAAGGACCGUCUGACUCUUGCAUUGUGUACAAAUGCUAGUGGUGAUUGUAAAGUCAAACCACUGCUAGUAUAUCACUCAGAAAAUCCUCGAGCCUUUAAGAUGAAUAAGAUUCUUAAAGAGAAACUGCAGGUUAUGUUGCAUGCCAAUGGUAAGGCAUGGGUUACUCGGCAGUUUUUUACUGAAUGGGUAAAUCUCAUCUUUGAUCCUGCAGUGAAGAAGUAUCUUCAAGGGAAAAAACUCCCGAUGAAAGUAUUACUCAUUCUGGAUAAUGCUCCAGUACACCCACCUGGCCUUGAAAAUGACAUCCUUGACGCAUUCAAAUUCAUGAAGGUCCUCUACCUCCCACCUCCCACUACUACAAUCUUACAACCUAUGGAUCAGCAGGUCAUCUCCAACUUCAAGAAGCUCUACACAAAGCAUUUGUUCCACCACUGCUUUGAGGUAACCAAGAACACUAAUCUAACCCUUCGGGAGUUCUGGAAAGAGCACUAUAACUUCAUAAUAUGCUUACACAUUAUUGACUUGGCAUGGCAAAGGAUUACAAGAAGAACCUUCUGCUCUGCAUGGAAAAAGUUAUGGCCUGAUGUUGUUGCAGAGAGGGACUUCAUAGGAUUUGAACCCAACAUUGAGCCUGAGUCAGAAGUGCUGGAGGAGAUUGUUGAAAGUUGA